CACGCCAAUCUUUUCCCGUUCCUUCUUCCUUUUCCCACACCUCGUUGCAAAUCCUCCUCUCGUUUUGCUGCUCUUCUGACCUUUUGGUCAAGGGAAACAUAACCUCAAGUCUUCUUCAUCUCAUCUACGGCGGCCUCUUGUCACUCUUUUUCUUGACAACCUCCCGAGGUGCAUAUUCCUCCGACAACCCGGCAGACUGCGUCCUGUGCCGUUUCGCUCCUUUUUCGUUCCGUCUCAUCUCCUUGGCCAUUCCCGAGGCUGUUUGACGGUCCUCCUCGUGUCUCUCAUUUUACCUUUUUUCGUUCCUUCUCUUCGCGAAGCAGAAGAGCAGAAUUCCAGCUCAAAAGUCAUUCCUUAAGCAAGCCAUACGAAUACCGGUACUCCGCCUCUCUCGCCGCCACUCUGGGAUUUAUUUAUCCUCAACACGUCUCACGAAAACGACCACCCCUCAGCUACAGCCUCCAUUCUACCUGGGAUAACCGUGUCUCUCGACAGCUUGGACACGAAUUGCGACCCACCCCUUUUCUCAAUACUCGCACUCAGCAGCGUCACCAAGCAAUAAGACCAAGACACCCAAUCUGUUGGCCACGGAUCGCCUAUUUUUCGGGGUCAUCCUGUUGGACCUUGCCGGGCUUGCUGACUUGCACCGCCCAGUUUCAGUGCCAUUUUGAGACGAAAGCCUCUGGGCUUUUUGCUCGUUUGUCGCUACCAUUCGCUACAACGUCCCCUACCACCCGUUCACAAGCCCACCCACGCAAGGGGGCGAACGCUUUGCCCUCCCAUAGGCAGUGACGACAGAAGAAGACUUGCAUUCAUUUACCGGCAGUACAGCGGCACUACUCAUUUCGGUUCUUAUCCUCUGAGGCUCUCGAGGCUCGACCUUUUUUUGUUCACGCCUACCACUUGCUUUCCUUUGCCAUCUUGGCUUCAAGUGAGAUCGUUUUGCGCGAUUCCGGCCGCCCGUUACACCUGCACGACGACGACGUUCUCUUGUACCACGAAGCGGUUCGCCUUAUCCCCCAACGGUCUGCCGAUCACCGUUCAAGCCGAUCAAACGACGAAACAUCGAGCCCAUGAGAUGAUGGAGCUAUAGUCCGCUUCUAAUUCCGCAAAUCAAUCACCCUCGACCAACCAAGCUCGACGUACCCAAAUUUUGUGGGUAAUCCGCCGAGAAUCACGUUCUUUGUUGGAGGAAAAGCGAAACAAAAUCAUUCAAAAUGCCUUCGAUCGAUGUCGCCAUGGCGAGGAGUCUCCGAGGAGGAGUGUGGGAAUCAAUGGUGUCGAGCAUGGCCGCGGACAUUCAGAGCCGCGGAAUUACAGACACAGUACAGAGCGCCGGAAACUCGAUCAACGAUGUGAAGACGGCGCUGUCUAGUUGGGACAAUUGCAUGUCCGUUAAUUUUUGCAAGUGGCCCGUCAUUGGAAUCAUGAUCUUCGGAGGUCUGAUCAUUUUCUCUAUCGUAUGGUGUAUCAUCCGGUGCGCUUGCUGCGGUCUGUCGUGCUGCUGUCAGUGUUGCUACUGUUUGAAGUGCUGUGGUAACUGCUGCGGUUGCUGCGACACCCCCAAGGGGACACCUCACAAGCACCUCGACGACAAUUCGUAUGGACCGAACAAUCAGGGAUAUAAAUCCCAGGCGCCCAUGGCUCCCUUUUACAACAAUGCCAGCACCGCGCCUGCACACCAGGCGAAUUCAACAGCACCCGUGGCUUCCGGAGCCGCAGCGCCGCCCCAGUAUGCUGAAUUCGAAGUUAGCAAAUCAGGUGCCAAUCCGGCAGACGCCGAUUCACUUCCCGCGAUGCCUAGUUGGGAGGGUGCAGGCUCGAAGAAGGUGGCACUUGAGGAGGAGGUGGAGCUCGAACAGAUGAACAAACCGGCUGUAUCACCGAACCCGAACGGACAGAACAUGCCUCUCAUGGCACCCAACGCCAUGUCCCAUCCGAACAGCCCCAUGCCGGGUGAUAGGAGCCCUUAUGGCCAAAAUCCUCAGGCCGGUCCCAGCGGUUACUUCACCAACGCCAAUCAGCCUGCGGGUCCCUACGAAAUGGCAGGUAAUGGCUACAGUGAUGGAGCGUACGGACAGUCAGCGUCUUCUUUCGGCGUAGACCAAGGAUAUGGAAAUGGGGCCAUGGCUGCCGGAGGCAUGGCGAUGCAAGGUAGGGGUACACCUCACCAAGAGUUCAACAACAAUGGCUACGGGCCCCAGAGAGGUCAGACGUACCCCCGUCCUCAGCAAGAAUUCGAUCAGGGCUUCGGCAACAGCUACGAGCAGGGAGGCUAUGGCAUGGGCCGUCCUCCCCGGAACGGCCCCAGCCCGGCACCGAUACCCCGAAGCUUCACAGCACCACCUCGCGAUGGACCCAGCCCCGCUCCGGCUGGAUAUCGCCGCUCUCCUGGUCCUCAAGCCGGCGGUUACCGCGGCCCUCCACCCCCUCCCAGCGACUACCGGCGAUCCCCCGCGCCUCAAAACGACUACGGCUUUGACCAGAAGAAUCAGCAAGGCCAGUUCCUCAAUGAGAACUACGGUCGUCCCCAGUACGGAGCAAACUCGCGUCAACCCUCUUCAGAGUCGACUCGCCCUCUUGCUCCUCAGCGCAGCUACACUGGCGACCAAAGCAUGGCAUCUCCGGACCUGCAUGAUUCUGGCGGUUUUGACUUCAGCUCUGGCUACAGUCGUCCGCAACAAUACAACUAUAACCGCGGCCCGAGCGGUGGCAACCAACAUAUCGAGGACGACGACGAACAGCGACCUCCGCAAAGCAGCGGCGGCACCUACCCAGGAUACAAGGCGUACCAGCCAACAAAGGAUGGCUGGAGUGGCGUCUGAGCGAAAUGACAACAAUAACGACAGAAGGCAAAGAGCAUAUGCACACCUGCCCAAAAGCACCAACAGCUCCCUGCACUGGGGGCGACUUCUAUUUAAAGACUAAUGCAGUCAGAAGUUCAUUCGAGGCGGCGUUACUUUGAGUUUCCGAUAAAGGUGUGCCUUGGAUGGUUAAUCCUUGCCUCUUGCAUUCAAAACUACUGGACGUUUGUUUGGAAACACCCAAAAAAGAGAGAUGCGGGUUUUCGGGGGCUACUUGGAGUUUCGGGCAUACAAAGAGCCACUGUUUUUUCAACUCAUGACCGAGGAGCAAAUCGGAGCUGUAUAAUGACCACGGUCAAAGAUUCUGUUUGAUUGGAUUUUCAAUUGUCGGAUUUUCUCAUUUUUCAUGUUUACAAGGCGUCGCAUUAUCGGCGCGGCAUUCUCAGAUUCUCUGUUUGGCCCUUUCUUUUGCAUCUUCUUCGAGUGGAAAUGGCCAACCACAUGGCAAGGUUCUUCUUACUUGGCGAUGGACGAGCCGCAGGCUGGCGACGUACUUUGAUGCCAUGUCAUCCAGUUUCGGAUGAUUUAGAGUUUGGGGCUGUGUGUGGAAGAGAUUACUCUGCGUGGAAGUCGCAGUGUUGAAGAUGACAGGGGAGUGAGCGGCCGAGGGG